AUGCUCUCAUCAGAAAAUAAAACAUAUCCUGUACCAGAAAGACUUUUACUUUCUUCAGAUUUGCCCAAGCCAUAUGUAAAUUCAUUUGAACAAUAUAAGCAAUUAUGGGAAGAAAGUAUUGAAAACCCUAAAGCCUUCUUUACAAAGGCUGCUAAGGAAUACUUGAGUUGGCAUAAAGAUUUUGAAACUGUUAUGAGUGGUGAUCUCAAGGAUGGAAAUAUCGCAUGGUUUUUGGAAGGUGAAUUAAAUGCUUGUUAUAAUUGUGUAGAUAGACAUGCCUUAAAGACUCCAAAUAAGAUUGCGAUUAUUCAUGAAGGAGAUAACCCAAACAAUGUGCGUAAAAUAACUUAUUAUGAGCUGAUGCAAGAGGUAUGUCGAAUGGCUAAUGUGUUAUACAAUUUGGAUGUGCGUAAAGGUGAUACAGUUGUACUCUAUAUGCCUAUGAUCCCUGAGACUAUCAUUGCUAUGUUAGCCUGUGCUCGUAUUGGCGCUAUUCAUUCUGUUGUCUUUGCUGGUUUUUCAGCAGAGUCACUCUAUAAUCGCAUUGAAGAUUGUAAGGCACGGAUUCUGAUUACAGCAGAUGAAGGUCUUCGAGGCGGGAAAAGAAUUCAUACUAAGCGUAUUGUAGACGAAGCACUACAAUUGAAUACUGAAAAUCUUGCUGUUGUAGAACGCGUGAUUGUGGUAGAGCAUACAGGAUCAGAUAUACCAAUGAUGCCUGAUAGAGAUGUUUGGUGGCAUGAUGAGAUGGCCCAUGCACGUCCUUACUGGCCAGUCACGUAUGUCAACUCAGAGGAUCCUUUGUUCAUGCUUUACACAUCAGGGUCAACAGGUAAACCUAAAGGUGUCUUACAUACAACAGGUGGAUAUCUAUUAGGUGCAGCCAUGACAGUGAAGAAUAUAUUUGAUGUACAUGAGAAUGAUAUUUAUGCUUGUAUGGCUGAUAUUGGGUGGAUUACAGGACAUACUUACAUCGUAUAUGGUCCUCUCACUUUAGGUACAACCACAUUAUUAUUUGAAUCCACACCCACCUAUCCUAGUCCAUCUAGGUUUUGGGAAACAGUAGAUAAGCAUAAAAUAACACAAUUCUAUACUGCGCCUACUGCCAUUCGUGCCCUUCAACGUUUAGGAGAUCAAUAUGUAGAUAAGUGUGACCUAAGUUCAUUACGGAUAAUUGGAUCGGUUGGUGAACCCAUCAAUCCAGAGGCAUGGGAAUGGUACUAUCAUAAAGUGGGACAUUCAAAAUGUGCAGUGGUAGAUACAUAUUGGCAAACUGAAACUGGCUCUAUUGCUGUUAGUUCGUUACCUGGCGCGAUAGCCACUAAACCUGGAUCAGCUACUUUCCCUUUCUUUGGUAUUUUACCAGCCAUUCUGGAUCCCACCACGGGUAAAGAAUUAAAAGACUGUGAUGUAGAAGGUGUGCUUGCGAUCAAAAAACCGUGGCCAUCAAUGGCUAGAACCAUUUAUAAUGACCAUGAUCGAUUCAUUGAUACCUACUUGAAACCCUAUCCUGGAUAUUAUUUCACAGGUGAUGGAGCUUACCGAGAUAAAGACGGAUAUAUUUGGAUACGUGGGCGAGUUGAUGAUGUUAUCAAUGUUUCUGGUCACCGCUUAUCUACUUCAGAAAUUGAAUCUGCCUUAAUUUCAGAUAAUGCUGUUGCUGAGGCAGCAGUCAUUGGUGGUCAUGAUAACUUAACAGGUCAAUGUAUUCAUGCCUUCUGCAUUUUGAAGCCUAAUAUCAUUGGUAAAUCUCAUGAUCUUUUAACUCAGGAACUUAUCACACAAGUCAGGAAAAUAAUUGGCCCAUUUGCAAAACCCAAACGGGUUUAUAUUGUAAAUAACUUACCAAAGACUCGUUCUGGUAAAAUCGUGAGACGUAUCCUACGAAAGAUUAUCAAUAAUGAAGCUGAUCAAAUAGGCGAUACAUCUACUAUUGCGGAGCCACAUGUUAUUGAACAAUUGAUUAAAGAAAUUAAUAAUUCGAAAUAA